GAAGACGACGACGACGACGAUGACGACGACGAUGACGAUGACGACACUGACCUAAGUGAUGACGAGGAGGAGGAGGAAGAGGAGGAGGAGGGGGAGUCCGAGGAAUCGGAAUUAAGAAGCGGGAUCAGCUCCUUCACCUCCAUGUACUUCUGGAUGCAAGACCUCAAAGAGCAGCAAAAAAUAGCAAUCGAUAUCCUGAUGAAAGCGAUCAGGAUGGGCAGCGUGCCAGAGCCGCCCAUCUUCUCCGGCGAUCGGAGAGAUUACCCAGAGUUCCUUGUGCACUGCCACAUGGUCGUACACGGCUACCCAAGAAGGUUCUGCAACGACCGCCGGCGAGUGAGGUUUGUCAUCGAGCACCUCGCUGACGCGGCCCUCGAGUGGGCCCGAAAGCUGAAGCAGCAACGAAGCCCCCUGCUUACCAACUUCGCAGCCUUCAUGGAAGCCAUGACCAAGGCCUUCCACUACAAGCAGGAGCUGCGCAUAGCAGAAGACACCAUGCUCAACAUCACUCAGGGGGACCGCGCCGCCAUCGACUACAUCAAUGAGUUCCAGAAGCUGGUACCCACCUUGGGCUGGCCAGACGAAGUCCUGCAGGCCCAUCUGUGCCUGGGGCUCAACGAGGAGAUCAGGGAGUAUCUGUUCCAGCUCCCUCAGCCCGAUUCUCUGGAGAGUCUGAUCACCCUCGUCCUGCAGAUAGAAGAGAACCUGGCGGAGAGAAAGGCCAUGCUCAGGGUGCGCCCGCACUCCCAGUCCGGGAGGCUCGCAGAGGCUGCCAAGAAGGUCUUACCUGCUCCCGAGAAGUGGCCGGUCAGCAGCUGGCUGACCUACGAAAUCCAGCCCGACGUCGACCGCAGGCACGUCUUCCUGCUGCUCAUGGUGAGAGUGAAUCCUUACCACAGUGUCGCCGUCCAGGCGCUGGUGGACUCGGGGGCCAGCUCCAACUUCAUGGAUGAGAAGUUCGCCCAAGAGCACUAUGUCGAGCUGUACGAGAAGCCCUACCCGCAGUCCAUCCACACCAUGGACGGCUCCCUGAUCGGCAACGAGCCCGUCUGGCUGCAAACCGAGCCUCUGGUGUGCUUCCACCAGAACCACCACGAGCUCAUCCAAUUCGACAUCGUGCCGUCACCCAACUUCUCCGUGGUCCUGGGCGUCAACUGGCUCCGACUGCACUCCCCCGACAUCGACUGGGCCAGAGGCCGCGUCACCUUCCACUCGCCCUACUGCCUGAAGAACUGCUUCAGCCCGCUCCCACCGACCAUCGCGCUCGAGAGACAUGCCAUCAGCCUGCUGCCCGGCCUGCUGCCCCAGUACUCCGACCUUGCCGACGUGUUCAACCCCAGGAUCGCGGAUGAUGAUGAUGAGACUUCCGACCAGCCAAGCUCAGACGGAUCCGAUGAUCUUUCUGAAUCAGAGCCCUCUGAGCUUCAGCAGGCUGGAGACAGUGAUCACAGCAACGCCGCCGCCGCGAUGGGUCCCUCUGUGGAUCCUCCGGAACCUGGGGGUGCGGGGGUGCAAGAAGCAGCCAAGCCAGAGAAUGUGGACGAGGACUUAAAGGAGGAGAGGCAGAUCAUCCCCCAGCUCUUCCAGCAGCUACACGGCGCCACGUGGUUCACGAGGCUGGAGCUGCGCGGGACCGUGGUGCAGGAAGCCAAGAGAAAGCCAACGGAAGAGCUAUGGAAAGCGGCGUUUGGACUGGUGCUGACCAAGAAGACCACCUACAAGCCCUUUCCGACCGGCGCGGCCCCUCGCAUCCCCCAGCGCGUGAUGCACAUCAUCCUAAGGGACCUGCUGGGCAACUCCGUGCUCUCCCACGGCAACGAGGUGGUGGUCUACUCCCUGAGCCAGGAGGCACACCUCCGGCACAUCCGCCAAGUCCUGGUGCGCUUCCGGCACCACCGCGUCUACUGCUACCUGGACCGCAGCCAGUUCCACCAGCACACCGUCGAGUUCAUGGGCUUCGUGCUGACCCCCCGAGGGGUCAAGCUGAACAAGAGCGUGGUGAAGACCGUCCGGGACUACCCGAUCCCUAUCUCUAAGGAGACCCUGCAGAGCAUGAUGGCACUGAUGUCCCCCUACAGCCACUUCGUGGAGCGCUUCGCGGGCAUCACGGAGCCCCUGCGGCGGCAGCUGCUGACCCCCAGCCCCUUCCACUGGGGCGACGAGGAGCAGGAGGCCUUCGAGAGCGUGAAGCGGGCGUUCCGCAAGGCCCCCCUCCUCUACCACCCCAGGCACCGCAAGCAGUUCUACCUGGACUCGGGAAUCAGCAUGGGCGCGCUGUACGCCUCCCUCAUCCAGUACGACGAGCAAACGGGCAAAAGGGUGUUCUGCGCGUUCUUUUCCCGGGACCUCUCCCCCGAGGAGGUCGCCGCCCCGCCGCUCACGAUGAAGUCUGUCGCCAUCAGGGCUGCCUUGGACGUGUGGGUUUACUACCUGGAGAGCACCGAGGAGCCCAUCAUGAUCCUUAUCAAUACAGAGGAUCUAGCCUCCCUGAAUAAUGACAGGCUCACCGUAGUUCUCCCGGGGCAGUGGGCCAAGUUCUUCGGCCGCUUCAACUUCGGUGUGAUGGAGAGGCCCGACCAAGAUGGCAGCAGUUCCCAGCCCGUGCAGAGGCCCGACCACGGGCCGUUCCGGGCCCGCCCAGCCUCCCAGCCCCGCGCUGCUACCCGGAGGCGCACCGGCGCCCGCGCCCGCACCGGCGCCCGCGCCCGCGCCCGCGCCCGCGCCGCCACCCGGGGACGCUCUGACACCCGGGCCCACACUGCCACCCAGACCGACACCGUCACCCAGACCCACACGGACACCCAGACCCCCACGGUCACCCAGGCGGACACUGCCACUCAGGCCCAGGCUGACACUGGGGCCAGCCAUCCCACCCGGGCAGACACUGCCACCCAGACCCCCACGGUCACCCGGGCGGACACUGCCACGCAGGCCCACGCUGGCACCGGGACCAACAAUCCCGUCCGGGCCCGCACGGCCAUGCCUGCCAACAAUCCCGCCCGGGCCCACACUGCCACCCAGGCCCACGCUGACGCCGGGGCCCACGCUGCCACCCAGGCCCACGCUGCCACCCAGGCCCACGCUGCCACCCAGGCCCACGCUGACGCCCGGGCCCACUCUGCCACACAGACCCAGAGGGUCCCCCGUGUGGACACUGCCACCCAGGCCAAUGCUGGCACCGGGACCAACAAUCCCGCCCGGCUCCGCACUGCCAUGUGGGCCAACCAUGCCAUCCGGGCCCGCCCUGCCCCCCGGGCACGCCCUGCCCCCGGGGCCUACACUACCACCUGGCCCCAGGGUCCCGUCAUCAGGGAACGGUCCCUCCGGGACCAGCUGCCCGCACUGGGAGAACAGAGGGAGGCUGAGCAGGCACCUGCCCAGGAAGAGCCAAGGAGGCAGACCCCACCGCCCGAGGCCCUGACUCCAGCGCAGCUGGACCAGGUGCUCGGCUACCUCCUCGUCCACCUCAACAUGGACCAGCUGAGGAGCCUCUUCCGGCACUUCUUCCGAAACCUGCACAUCAGCAGGGAGGCGCUGGCCCCCAUCGCCACGCUGACCAUCCUGAGGAUGAGGCAGCACCUCCCGCUGCUGCCCGCGCCCGCCCUGGACGUGGCGCGCCUGCCGGCCACGCGCUCCCUGCGCCUCAUCCUGGACUCGUCCCUCCUCACCGACCGUGGCAUCGCCUCGGCCAUCACCCAACUGUUGGCCCAGAUGGCCCCUCUCAUGGGCCCGGUCACCAUCCGGACUGAGGAACAGGGCCACCAGAGGGCCCUGAUGCCCCGGGGCUCCCGGGUCCUCCACCUCCCGCCUGAGUUCUGGGUGAUGCUGUGCGAGCGCUUCUCUGUCAGAGUCGCUCCCACACCAAGACCCCAGCCCCCCCGGCACGGGGGCCACUACCUGCAGCUGCACGUCAUCGGAAGUGAAGUCGUCUUGCGAGAAGCCCUGCAAGACGACCUGCAACGUUACCGUGAGUGUGGCCUGCAUGACGGCCUGCAAGACACCUCGCAGGACGCGCAGGCAGACAACGCGCAGGACGGCGGCGCACGAGGGGACCAGGAGAAGGAAGCUACCGCGGGAGGGGACGGAGAGAAAGAGGACCAGAAGCAGGAGGCUGCAGCGGCGGCCGACCCCGCCCCCGCCCCCCCAGCCCCCCCACGGGCCUCCGGGGGAAUCCUGGACUUCCUGUACAGACAGUUGUUUGGGGACCGAGAUCAGCCCGAUCAUGCACCUCCCCAGGACGAGCCUCAGCAGGACCCAGCGGCCAGGAGCCUAGCCCACUUCCUGGCCAUGAUCUGCGCAGAGGAUCCAGUCCCCCUCCGAGGCAGACAGGCCAGGGGCGGAGCAAGGCUAGAGGAGCUCCCUGAGGAUGACGAGGACUUGGACCAGGACUGA